AUGUCUUUUGAGUUGAAUAGUGUAUUUGUGACUAGCUUAUGUACUUCUAAAGAUGGAACUAUUGGUACUGCGGGUGCUACUGAUACUUCUGAUGUAUUUAUCAGUUGUGUCGAUGUUGUUGGUGAUGUUGAUACUAUUGAUGGUGUUAUCAAUGCUGCAGGUAAAAUUAUUGGUGUUGUAGGUGGGAUUGUGGGUACUACUGAUGGGAUUGGGGGUGUUGUUGGUGGGAUUAUUAGUGUUGUUGGUGUUGUUAUUGGUUUUGUUGGUGAUGUUGUUGUUGUCGGUAAUUUUGAUGGGAUAUGGGGUGUUGUUGGUGGGAUUAUUGGUGUUGUUGGUGCUGCAGGUACUGCUGAUGGGAUUGGGGGUGAUGCAGAUGUAAUGGAUCAGAGGAAAAUGAUGGAUAAAAUUUGA